CUGCCCGAAAGUCUGAGGUGCAGCAGGGCCCGCCAAGGACGCGGGAUCCACCCGCUGAGCGCACCGGGAGAACUCCAGAGAAAGGAGGACCCCCGGCCUCGGAUUUCGAUGUUCUCAAUUGUAAAGCUUCAAUCCGAAAAUUCCCAUCGCAUCGUCACGACCACGACGACGACGACCACCACCACCACCACAUCCUCCGCCGCUGCUCCCAACUAUCUGGGUCUCACAUCUCAGAACCGAACAGAACGCAAUCAAUCAAACAGCCAAAAUGACGACCGUCCCUCAUCUCCGCUCCCUCUACCGCUCCCUCCUGCGCGAGCUCCCGCCCCGUCCCGUCCUCGCCCGCGAGCGCUCGGCAAUCCACAACCGCCUGCGUACCAGUUUCGCCCCCGCCGCCACGACAGCCACAGCAGACGCAACGCGCGCCGAGGCCGACGCCGCAGUGGCCGAGCAAUUCGCCGCCUACCUCCGCGCCCAGCGCACCUACGUCACCCUCGUCGAGCGCUACAACCCGGGCAUGAACAUGGACGAGGAGGAACGCGUGCGCUUGACGGCGCGGAGGGUCGGUAUGGAUCUGCCAAAGGAGUUUAGCGACCGGUUGAACAACAACUGAAGCACGAAUGGUUGACGGUGGGUGUGUAUGGGCUUGUCGGAUGUUUUCGAGCUUUUCCGCGAGGGAACUACAGACUGGAGAUGGGGUCCAAAGACUGAGCUCAUUUGUUUGCUCCGAGAGAAUUCCCGACUGGCCGCCGAUUGGAAUCGAGGGGAGUAUUAUCGAAUCAAGGAAGACCCCUUGAUGAGGACACAAAAGCACAAGAUCGUGGCGACGGCACACGGGGUGACACACCAAGCCUUUCCACCAUUGGAAGAAUGGCCAUGUGCCGUAUUUGUAAAUGUAACAUAACGGGCGUUUGGGUGGGAAAGUGUUGUAUGACAAAUACCGCUGUAUAAAGGGGACACAAUCACCAGAGGGGACAGAUAUCAAACACUACGAAUCACUUUGAAAUAUUUGAAAGCCCUC